GAGCCAUCAUCCGGGCUUUCAGGUGGACCCGGGGACUCCCGGGAAUCCUGGAGCCAUCAUCUGGGCAUCCAGGGAAACCCAGGAGGAACCCAGAGACGCUCUCCAGAUGUCUGGGAGAACCUGGCGACAUCAUCGGGGCUUCCAGGCGAAUCUGGAGAUCUCCAGGCAUCCAGGAGAACCUUGGAGGAACCCAGAGACGCUGUCUGGCCGGCCAGAUGUUCCCCAGAUGUUCUCCAGGCCCCAGCACAGGCCUCCCCAUCCCCUCUCUAUGCCUCCGCCACCCGCCCAGAGCGCCUCCACCGCAAGCGGCCGCUCCGUCUCUCCCCGUCGAUGGCGCCAUGUCCUCGACGUCACAGAAGCACCGGGACUUUGUGGCGGAGCCGAUGGGGGAGAAGCCAGUGGGGACGUUGGCCGGCAUCGGGGACGUCCUGGGCAAGAAGCUGGAGGAGAAGGGGUUCGACAAGGCGUACGUGGUGCUGGGGCAGUUCCUGGUGCUGCGGAAGGACGAGGAGCUUUUCCGGGAAUGGCUGAAGGAAACGUGCGGCGCCAACGCCAAGCAGUCGCGGGAUUGUUCCGGCUGCCUGCGCGAGUGGUGCGACGCCUUCCUCUGAGCUCCCCCCCCGUACCCCAACCCCCCCCCCCGCACCCCAAAACCACCCCCCUGCACCCCCCCACCCCGGCAGCCCCCAACAGUCAACUGGUUCCAGCUCCCCGACGCCUACUGGGGACGACGGGGGGUGGUGGCACCCCCCCAGUGUGGUGCUGCCCCCCCCCCCAAACACCCCCGACCCCCCCCCCAGUCACCUCCGAACCCCCCUAGUGCCCCCCACACCCCAUCUGGGGACACCGGGACCCCCCCCAAACUGUGGUGCUGCCCCCCCCCACCUCAAGGGGCUGGGGACCCCCCCGGGGUCAUGGUGUCCCCCCCCUCAACUCCAUUUCGGGGUGUCACUCCCCCCCCCAAAAAAAACCACCCCCGGGGGGGGGCAGGGUUCUGCCUCUCCCACCCCCCCCCAUCACCCCAAAACCACCCAUGGUGUGUGUGUGGGGGUCCCCAACUUCCCCCCCCCCCGAGCUCUGCUGACAUUGCCCCUCCCCUGACAAGGUGGGGGUGGAUUUCGGGGUGUCGCCCCCCCCCCCCCCCCGCGGGAGGGGGGGUGUGUUUGUGUCAUUUUGGGGGUGUCCUGCCCCCCCCCACCUGCAAAUUUGUUUGUAAAAGGGUUUUCUAAACAAUAAAAGGUUUUGCUGUGCUGGA